AUGAACAAGACAAAGUAUUCAACUCAUUCUGCUGUGAAGGUGUGGCCCAUCUGGGCCCAAUGCUGCGGUGAUAUUCAGUCUGGAUUGUGUGUACGAACACUCAUGUCUGUAUGCCUCCUCAGGGGAUGGGACAAUUUUGAGAAUCUCAGGUUCCAGCACAUAAUUGCUUUGUCUUGUGAAUUUGACAGUAGACAGUUGGAAUCUGGUAUUGGUCGCCCUUGCAAAAUGUCAAUCAAGACUGUCCAGAGUGGAGCCAAUGUGUCCGAGAGGCAAGACUGUAUGCUCGGUCGACGUAAACAGGUGCAGUGA